AUGAAGCACGCUGAUACUAUUCGACCAUUUCUAUUUUCUGUCCGCCUGCUCUUAUGGUUCUGCGCAGUAAUCACUUUGGCCCUCACUGCCUGGGUGGUUGACCACCUGAAGGGCUAUCGGGCCGUCUUUCCCCUAGUCAUUGCGGUUCUCACCACAGCGUUUUAUAUUCCCUCUCUUUUCACCGCAGGCAUGCGUCGCAACCGUGGUUAUAUGAUUCCAUUAGAUAUAGUCUUCUAUGCACUAUGGCUAUCAGCAUUCAUUUUUGUUGCCCAAACUGAUGACCUCGGUAAUGGCGCCGGGUGUUCUUACUACAGUUGGGACCGAAGUACCAGUUGCAGGCGGAGGAAUGCCAUCGAAGCAUUUACUUUCCUAUCCUUCUUCUGGACAUUCUGUGGCCUAUGUUUGGAAACUCUCAAUAUUUAUCUCGACGGCCGGCAUUCUACGGUUCCUACUAUUAAUCAUCCCGAAAAACCGAGUUCAUCUGGCCGUGGUGCCAAUAAUGGAACCGCUACAAACCCUGGCGCCGAGCCUGCGCCAGCAAUUAAUGGUGAACAGACUCAAGUUUGA